CGCUAUUCUGAUUGCACCGCUUCGAAGAGGAUGCAGACCCCUCCAUAUGAGGCGCAGCAACUGCGUGGUUGUGAAACGCGGACAGAGAAGGCUCCCGUCGUCGAUCUUGGCGGCGAUGAUGACGAGCCCUUGGAGAGACACCGCAUUCGCAUUCGUACGACGGCGACCCCACGGCCGGAGGUGGUCGUGCGGGUUGUUACAAACGAUAGGCCAGUCUCGGGCAAGCUGCCCGCCACGCCGUCUCAGCCACGUCAGCGCAACGACGCUGGUGAUGGAGGGUCCGUUCAACGUGUUGGCGGGGGGGAAGUCGUGGCAGACGCUCGCGCAGUUGGUGCCCAGGUGGCAGGUGCCGUGGGGGCAGUUGGUUCAGGCAAUGUGGGCGCCAUAGCGACUGGGAGGGAGGACGCAGCAGUUGUGGCGACGGCGAGAGAGGAGGCACGUGGCGAGAGGAAAGUCGAGCGGGAAGCAGGCGAGGCCGGUUCAACGAUCUCCCGUGCGGCGGCAGUGGAGAACGUUGCUCUGCGCAUCUUGCACGAAUGGGUAUUCAAGUCCGGAAAUCGGCCAAGGGGAUACCAUGUGGCUUUCCAGUACUGGAUGGAAUCCUUUGCGACGGACAUUGCGCGUGCCAUGUGGUACGGCGAGGAGUGGUGCGAGGUUGUCAGUCCGGCGAUUUGCGCGCACACGAUAGAUCUGUCCAUGGACCUACCGCUUUGGUUCGCCGGCGCCAACAUCGAGGACAGACCAGAGGACGACGACAUGGCGGCGCACCAAGAGUCCAUCGUCAUCCGCGUCGCGUAUGCAUUUCGCGCGGCCGUGCAAAUGGGGGCGCUCAUCGACGGCGAGUUCAUCUCGCAUGAUCGUCUUUCUCGGAUGGCUGAUUGCUUCAGGCUGUUGUUGGCGGCGUGCAUGUGGAUAAUGCGCAUGGCGGGAGACGAUCCGCGCAGCCACUACGAGGUUUUCUACUUCGCGGACCUCGUGGCGAAGCCCACACUCAUCGCGGCCAUGCAUCGCUCCUUCGAUCAUCGACGAUCCGUCGUCCGCGCCGCGAAAGUCGUCACAGACAGGCUAGGGAAAGCGACCGCUACGUUCGGACAGUACCCCAACUACAUACCUCAAUGGGCGCCCUGCGGCAUUGCUUUCAGGCACGACGCGAGCAUAACGGGGCCGGAGGAUGCAAAGAAGCUAGAUUGGUUGGGUUCGGGCCCCCUUGAUGAUGACAACAACGACGAUGGGAAAAAUGACGCGUAGGGGGGGGGAGGCUGGGGCUGAUGGUUGGCUGGGGAGGAAGACGGAUGGGAUGGGAGCGGAGGUUUGGCUGCUUCUAUGGACUCGC